AUGCUGCCCCGAGGGCGCCCCCGGGCCUUGGGUGCCGCCGCGCUGCUGCUGCUGCUGCUCCUCGGAUUUUUCCUCUUCUCCCGGGACCUGGACGGUAAGAGCGGGCGCGAGGCGUGUAGGUGUGGGUGCCCCGAGUUUCUUGGGGUGCUGAUGCCACGUGUCUCUUCCUGUCCAGAUGGCCGGCCGCGGGGGGCCUCUGCCGUCGAUGACGGAGACCUGUCGCCCGCGCCCCGAAAUCUCUCCGUUGCCUCCCCGUCGCCACCCAAAUGCCAGCUCCUGCACGUGGCCAUAGUGUGUGCAGGCCACAGCUCCAGCCGGGACGUGGUCACCCUGGCGAAGUCCAUGCUCUUUUACAGGAAAACCCCCCUGCAUCUCCACCUGGUGACCGAUUCUGUGGCCAGAAGCAUCCUGGAGACUUUCUUCCGCACGUGGAUGGUGCCGGCCCUCGGGGUCAGCUUCUACGACGCUGAUGAACUCAAGCCUCAGGUCUCUUGGAUCCCCAACAAACACUACUCAGGCCUCUAUGGGCUGAUGAAGCUCGUGCUGCCCAGCGUCCUGCCUGCCAGCUUGGCCCGCGUUAUCGUCCUGGACACAGACGUCACCUUUGCCUCCGACAUUGCCGAACUCUGGAUGCUCUUCGCUCACUUUUCUGAUGAGCAGGCCAUUGGUCUCGUGGAGAAUCAGAGCAACUGGUACCUGGGCAACCUCUGGAGGAACCACAGGCCCUGGCCAGCUUUGGGCCGGGGAUUCAACACAGGCGUGAUCCUCCUGCGACUGGACCGUCUGCGGCAGGUGGGCUGGGAGCAGAUGUGGAAGCAGACGGCCAUGGGUCAGCUCCACACCCUGCUUGCCACCUCACUGGCUGACCAGGAUAUCUUCAAUGCAGUUCUCAAGGAGCACCCUGGGCUGGUGCGGCCCCUGCCCUGCGUGUGGAACGUACAGCUGUCGGAACACACACUGGCUGAGCAGUGCUUCUCGCAGGCGUCUGACCUCAAGGUGAUCCACUGGAACUCCCCCAAGAAGCUGCGUGUGCAGCACAAGCAUGUGGACUUCUUCCGCAAGUUGCAUCUCACUUUCCUGGAGUAUGAUGGGAACCUACUGCGGAGAGAACUCCUGGGGUGCCCCAGCCCGCCACCCCCUGGGGCCCUGCAGUUGCAACAGGCCCUGGCCCAGCUCGACGAGGAUGACCUCUGCUUUGAGUUCCGGCAGCAGCAGCUCACAGUGCCCCGAGUGCACCUCACCUUCCUGCCCCAUGAGCCCCCACCCUCCCGGCCUUACGAUGUCACCUUGGUGGCCCAGCUCUCCAUAGACAGGCUGCAGAUGCUGGAAACUCUGUGCAAGCACUGGCUGGGCCCCAUGAGCUUGGCCUUAUACCUGACAGAUGCAGAGGCCCAGCAAUUCCUGCACUUCGUUGAAUCCUCGGCUGUGCUCUCUGCCCGACGAGACGUGGCCUACCACGUGGUGUACAGGGAAGGGCCCCUGUACCCAGUGAACAAGCUUCGCAAUGUGGCCUUGGCACAGGCGCUCACCCCCUAUGUCUUCCUGAGUGAUAUCGACUUCCUGCCUGCCUUCUCCCUCUAUGACCAUAUCAGGACCUCCAUCGAGCAGCUGCAGCUGGACAGUGGGCGGAAGGCGGCCUUGGUGGUGCCAGCGUUUGAGACCCUUCAUUACCGCUUUAGCUUCCCCAGUUCCAAGGCCGAGCUCCUGGCCCUGCUGGACUCGGGUGCACUCUACACCUUCAGGUCCCACGAAUGGCCCCGGGGCCAUGCACCCACUGACUACGCCCGCUGGCGGGAGGCCCAGGCCCCAUACCGUGUGCAGUGGGCAACCGACUAUGAGCCGUAUGUGGUGGUGCCACGGGACUGUCCCCGCUAUGACUCCCGCUUCGUGGGCUUUGGUUGGAACAAGGUGGCACACAUUGUGGAGCUGGAUGCUCAGGAAUAUGAGUUCCUGGUCCUACCAGAGGCCUUCACCAUCCACCUGCCCCACACCCCAAGUCUGGACAUUUCCCGCUUCCGCUCCAGCCCCACCUACCGUGCCUGCCUUCAGGCCCUCAAGGACGAGUUCCACCAGGACCUGUCCCGACACCAUGGGGCUGCUGCCCUCAAGUACCUCAUUGCCCUGCAGCGGCCCCCGGACCCCUCCUGACGCCCCCUCCAGAUAUUUAAGUUAUUUAAGUUCCCUGAGGGAAGCUCUGGGGGAAAUACCCCUGGGUGGGGCUGAAGUGCUCCUCUUGCUGCUAUUUUGUGGCCUGGAUCCGGUCUGUCUCACUCUGCCCCAGCUGGUUUGGGGCUGGU